AAAAAAAGUCCAUUCCUGUUGUUCUUCGAAUUCGUUUCUUAUGUGACCCCGUCUCCGCCGCCGCCAGCUAAAGCAAAAUCCCCCCGUCCGGGCGACCACCACCGCCGCGCCAGCCGAGAUAUGAGCAGAGAGAAGGUCAAUGUGCAUCGUCGUUCUCCUCCUCUCUCUGCGUUGUCCUCCUCCUCGCGAAGCUCCUCCUGCUGUUUCUGUUGUUAUCGUUUUCGCCACCGGUUUCCUGCCAAGACGACGAUGGAGACAUCCCCAAAAAUCUACAGUCCGGCGGCGGCGGCAACAAUCAAGUCGCCGAGCAGCUCGUGUCGCAGGCUAUUUACAACAGUUUCGCCAAUUUCACCGGCAUCUUCAAGCAGGACAUCAAGAAGCACUUCGGUUUCUGCAUUACCGAUGUGGAUAAAGAUUGGAAUGACGCUUUCAAUUUCUCAAAGAACACCCAAUUCAUGUCCAAUUGCGCCAAGAGAACCAACGGCGACAUUGGCCAGCGUAUAUGCACUGCAGCAGAGAUAAAGUUCUACUUCAAUAGUUUCUUCAGCAAGGGUUCAAAGAAAUCUAAUUAUUUGCAUCCAAACAAGAACUGCAACCUGAGCUCGUGGGUGUCUGGGUGCGAGCCAGGGUGGGCUUGUAGCGCGGGCAAGGGAGUCAAGGUCGACAUGAAAAACUCCAAAGACAUGCCUACCAGAGUUGUCGAUUGUCAGAGUUGUUGUGAGGGGUUCUUCUGCCCGCACGGUCUCACUUGCAUGAUACCUUGCCCGUUAGGUGCUUACUGCCCACUUUCAGUACUAAACAAGACUACAGGUGUAUGUGACCCAUACCAUUACCAACUCCCUGCUGGGAAGCCAAACCAUACCUGUGGGGGAGCUGAUCUUUGGGCUGAUAUCGUGAGUACUAGUGAGAUAUUCUGUUCGGCAGGAUCAUACUGUCCGUCUACCAUCCAAAAACUUCCUUGCACUAGGGGCCAUUACUGCAGGACUGGUUCCACAUCACAAUCAGGGUGUUUUAAGUUGGCAACAUGUGUACCAAAAUCAGCAAACCAAAACAUUACUGCAUAUGGGCUCUUGAUUUUUGCUGGCCUAGGCUUUCUGCUGAUUAUAAUCUAUAACUGUUCCGAUCAAGUCCUCUCAACUCGAGAGAAAAGACAAGCAAAAACCAGAGAGCAAGCAGUUCAAAGCGUGAGAGAAACCCAAGCUCGUGAAAAAUGGAAAUCAGCAAAAGAAACAGCUAAGAAGCACGCAAUAGAUUUCCAAACCCAGUUCUCAAGAACAUUUUCUCGUGUGAAGUCCAAAAGGGAAGACACCAACCCUUCAGCAAAAGGAAAGAAAAAGGAGAAAGGAAACCUCACAAAAAUGAUGCAGGAAAUCGAGGCCAACCCUGAGGAACAUGACGGCUUCCAUGUCGAGAUCGGAGACAAAAACAUUAAGAAACAUGCACCAAAGGGUAAGCAGUUACACACUCAGAGUCAAAUGUUCAGGUAUGCAUAUGGCCAGAUCGAAAGGGAAAAGGCUAUGCAAGAGCAGAACAAGAACUUGACCUUCUCUGGGGUAAUCUCGAUGGCUAGUGACGUUGAAAUCAGGAAAAGACCCACUAUAGAGGUUGCUUUCAAAGAUCUAACCCUCACUUUGAAGGGCAAAAACAAACAUCUAUUGAGAUGCGUGACUGGCAAGUUAUCACCUGGACGAGUCUCCGCUGUCAUGGGGCCAUCUGGAGCUGGCAAAACAACCUUCCUCUCUGCUUUGACUGGAAAAGCACCUGGCUGCCGUGUCACGGGCAUGGUUCUUGUAAAUGGUAAAGCUGAGCCGAUCCAAGCUUACAAGAAAAUCAUUGGCUUUGUGCCUCAAGAUGACAUUGUGCACGGCAACUUGACUGUGGAAGAGAAUCUUUGGUUCAGUGCAAGCUGCAGGCUCUCUGCUGAUCUACCAAAACCAGAUAAGAUUCUGGUCGUUGAACGAGUCAUUGAGUCCCUAGGGCUUCAGCCAGUGAGGGAUUCUCUAGUCGGGACAGUGGAAAAGCGAGGAAUCUCUGGAGGUCAAAGGAAACGAGUCAACGUGGGGCUGGAAAUGGUGAUGGAACCUUCACUUCUUAUAUUAGAUGAGCCUACGUCUGGUUUGGACAGCUCAUCUUCUCAGCUACUCCUUAGAGCUCUUAGACGUGAAGCUCUUGAAGGAGUGAACAUUUGCAUGGUUGUCCAUCAACCAAGCUAUACGUUAUUCAGGAUGUUCGAUGACUUGAUACUUCUCGCCAAAGGCGGCUUGACAGCGUACCAUGGACCAGUAAAGAAAGUUGAAGAAUACUUUGCUGACAUUGGAAUCACUGUUCCAGAUCGUGUAAACCCUCCAGAUUACUUUAUCGACAUCUUGGAGGGUAUACUUAAACCAGCCUCAGGGGUGCACUAUAAGCAACUUCCAGUGAGAUGGAUGCUUCAUAAUGCCUACCCAGUUCCCAUGGACAUGCUUCAGAGUACCGAAGGACUUGGAGGACCCGCUGGAGAAGGUUCCAGCCAUGAUGGAAUGCCUAGCGAAGCAGGAUCUGAGACUCAGUCGUUCGCUGGAGAGUUUUGGCAGGAUAUGAAGUCUAACGUGGAGUUCAAGAAAGACAAUAUGCAGCAUAAUUUCUUGAGCAUGGUUGACCUGUCUGGAAGAACUACGCCUGGUAUCCUUCGGCAGUACAAAUACUUCCUUGGCAGGGUUGGUAAACAGAGAUUACGAGAAGCAAGGACGCAAGCUGUAGAUUAUCUGAUUUUAUUGCUGGCUGGUAUUUGUUUAGGAACAUUAGCUAAAGUGAGUGAUGAAACCUUUGGUGCAGUUGGCUACACGUACACCGUCAUUGCAGUUUCUCUCUUGUGCAAGAUUGCGGCAUUGAGGUCAUUUUCUUUGGAUAAGUUACACUACUGGAGAGAAAGAGGUUCUGGGAUGAGCAGCCUGGCAUACUUUCUUUCCAAGGACACCAUCGAUCACUUCAACACCCUCAUCAAGCCCAUUGUGUAUCUUUCCAUGUUCUACUUCUUCAACAAUCCGAGAUCAAGCAUCUACGACAACUACAUCGUCUUGGUCUGCUUGGUUUACUGCGUCACUGGAAUAGCUUACAUAUUGGCUAUUGCCUUCGAAGCUGGUCCAGCACAACUGUGGUCAGUACUACUUCCAGUUGUUUUAACUCUAGUUGCAACCCGGAACGAUGGUGGCUUGGCUGGAAAGCUAUCUGACAUCUGCUAUACCAAGUGGGCAUUAGAAGCAUUCGUUAUAUCAAAUGCCAAAAGAUAUAGAGGAGUGUGGCUGAUAACACGAUGUGGUUCGCUCUUGGAAAAUGGGUAUGAUCUCAAUCACUGGAACCGUUGCCUUAUCCUUCUCGGUCUAACUGGGCUAGCUAGUCGUGUAGUUGCCUUCAUCGUCUUGGUUACAUGCCAAAGGAGGUGAAAAAAAUCUGUGUCAGCCUGUCCUUGUACAUAGAAGAACAAACACAGUGCCUGGAUUCUUGAUCUCGGAUUAGGAAACUUGUACAGCAACUGAAACACAGAUACAGAAACCAAACAAAAAGAGAAACCUCGUACAGAGAGUGGGAUGACUUGCAGUUGGGGCUACCGGGAAUUCAUCGCUUGUGGGAGCAUGCUCGUACAGAGGCCAGUCGGUGCGUUAUGUGCAUAGUUAUAUUUGCAUUGCAGUCCAGCCUAUGAAAAUGUACUCUUAGGGUAUAUAGAAUGCUUCAGUGGAAGCAGUUAUAUUUUUGACAGCAUUGACAUCUCUCCUGCAUUCCUAAAUACCGAUUGGUAUCAUUUGUGAGUGUGCCGCAAAACAAGACAGAGAUUGAUUGCAGCAAAAGAGUUGUAGUUUAAGCAAAUGUAGGAUAAGGCAAUCUUGAGGGUUUGCCUUCUGUUGCUUAAGUAGGAGUUUAAAAGUUAGUAUAGUCUAUAGAUAUGGUAUAUUUCAUCUGGAGCUAUUAUUAUUGUUUUCGACAGC